AGCUCGGUUGCGAGGGAGGUGGUGUAGGGACGACCUUUCAUCUCAUGCAGUACCCGCUGCCCUGCGUGGUUAAAGAAUAGUCCUUAUCUCUCCGUUAUCCCCUCGGAACACUUGGGCUUGUCGGUGGGGGUGACGAAACGUACAAAUGGUCGAGCCCUGGAUCCGUUAGAGAGGAAACUCCUCCCUCGCUCGCAGACAAACAAGCUCUUCCAAGCGCCAUGGUCUCAUGGAUCAUCUCUAGACUAGUCGUGCUGAUUUUUGGCACACUUUACCCAGCGUACUCUUCAUACAAGGCUGUAAAAACAAAGAAUGUCAAAGAAUACGUAAAAUGGAUGAUGUACUGGAUCAUAUUUGCACUGUUCACUACAGCGGAAACAUUCACAGACCUAUUUCUUCCAUGGUUUCCGUUUUACUAUGAACUUAAGAUCGCUUUCGUAAUUUGGCUGCUCUCCCCCUACACGAAAGGCUCUAGUGUCCUCUACAGGAAAUUUGUGCACCCAACACUCUCUUCGAAAGAGCAGGAAAUCGACGAAUACUUGAGCCAGGCGAAGGAUCGGAGCUACGAAGCAGUGGUGCAGUUCGGAAGGCGUGGGCUGAAUGUGGCGGCAACUGCUGCUGUCACGGCUGCUGCCAAGGGACAAGGAGCUCUCUCGGAGAGGCUAAGAAGCUUCAGUAUGCAAGACCUGACGAUGAUUCGAGGAGAAAGCAUUGAUGAUCCCACUGAACAGAUAAGCAACGCACAGACCCAAGCCCAGAGUACACCACGGAACAUCACAGAGACAGUCGAUAACUCGGGUGAUGAAGUAAAUAUUGAUCAGGGUCCGAGGUCAGAUGAAGAGCAGUAUAAGACUAAAGCAGUAGAACAUUCUGAUGAUGAAAUAACAGGACGCAUGCUCCAAAACUCCUCUAAACUACUUAGAAAGAAAAGGCAACAAAGUGAGGCAGAGCAAAGGCACCCUAAUCCACCACCCAGGAGAAGAAGUACCUCAGGCUGUAACAGUGAAUCCAUGUGACGCUAAGGAGCCAUCUGACUGGAGUGACCUGGAUUUGACCUCCUGUUUUACUGUCCUGCCUUCACGAGCCAAGCAACAAGUGACACACAGGGAACUGCAGAGAAACCACUGGCUAGAAAGUGCUUCACAUUUUCUGCAGAUGCCUUCAGCGACUAUCCAUGAGUAUAAUCUGCAUCGUAACGUUUCUGUUUUAUCUUUGUCAGCUUUCAAAAUUUACAUGCGGUUGUGAAACAAAAUUUCAGAGUGAUGCUGAAGCGAUUGAAAUGCUUGUAGAUCCAAGAUUUAUGUAAGAACAUUCCAACACAUAGUGUUUUUGCUUUGGAGCAAUUCAGAAACAAAAAUUGAAAAGAUUGAUCAAACUCUUAUUUAUGUAAACAGGGAUAUCUACUCUACUAUACACAGGUACAUCUGUUCCACUACACACAGGGAUAUCUGUUCUUCAAUAUAUAGGCACUUAUGCUAUUCUGUGUACAAGGAUUUCUGUCACAGCCUGUACACAAAUGCAUUAUGCUGAGCACUGGUGUAUGUGAUGUAUGUAUGUGUUGUACUAUGCACAGGUAUAUAUAAUGUUUUGUGCACAGUAUGUGCUGUCCUCUACAGAGGUAUGUCAAUUGCAUCAUUUGUAGGUGUGUCUGCUGACCUCUACACAAGUGUGUCUGCUGUGUUGUACAUAAAUACAUUUAAUGUAUGAUUUGAAUCUCUAAUCACAUUGUGCACAACAUUACAACAAUGAGAAGACUGACCAGUCUACCAGGAUGGAUCUCUUUUGAAUUUGCACUGUCGAUGACGACAGUCAACAUUUUAUUUUUGCACCAAAACAGCUUUUACAUUUCUUUUUCUGGAUCCAUUGGAUUAAACAAUCAUUCUGCAAUUCUCUACUUGCUGCUGUGUUAUAUUCGAGACAACACUAUUCAUUCAGGAAGCUUAAAGGGCUGAUUUCCUCUCACUGCUUCUUCCAGUGUUUCUCCUUUGAGACAAUUUGCUGGGUAGAACUGUCAUUUAUUGUGAAAGCAUUAUGUGCUCAAGCAAGGAUGGAGACUGAACUGAUGGAGGAACAUGACUGGAGGCCAUUCAGCCCCUUGAGCCUGUUCCACCAUUUAGCUAGGUUAUGGCUGGUCUGGCCCCUCAAGUACAUUGGCCUGCCUUUGCUCCAUUUUUCAAUCUCAAAAUGAAAUUUAAUAUAUUCCUUCCUUCGAAAAUCAAGAUCCGAGCUGGUAAUUCCCAUAACUGACUUGUCAGUUAGUUGAAGGAGCCCAGAGGGAUAUUAUUGAAUAUAUGUAAGUCAAUAUAAAGAAUGCACCAAUGAGUGGCAUGUGUA